AAUUUUCACCCAGUGUCGGCAACAUUGCGCCGUAAACCCCCAAAAAGCUGGUGACAGAAGUUUGACGUUUAAGUGACAUGAAAAUAAAAUGAUUGAAACAAUUUAAAAACCCAUAAAAUGGAUUUGGUGACUCAAACUAGUCUCGAAGCCCUGCUUUUAAAAGCCACAAACUCCCAAAACCAAAACAUUGACACCGCCGCUGUUGAGGCCUUCUGCGCCCUUGUAAACAAAGAGAAAGAUGGGGCACACAUCGGGGUUAAAGUGAUAGCAAACCGGCUUCCUUCGGGUAACGAGAAAGAGCUGCUCCAAACGCUCAACAUCCUGGAUACGUGCAUGAGCAAAUGUGGCACAGCUUUCCAGUCAGAAGUCGGCAAAUUCCGGUUUCUGAACGAAAUGAUUAAGCUAGUUUCGCCCAAAUAUCUGGGGUCGCAGACGCCGCUCGUGGUGAAGCAAAAGGUGCUGCAACUAAUGUACAUUUGGACCCUGGACUACCCCAAAGAAACGAAGAUAAAGGAGGCGUACGAUAUGCUGCGAAAGCAGGGCGUUAUCAAGGAAAUCCCGAACCCCAACAUAGUACAAAACGCCAACAUUCCGAGGAAAAAGGCCGCGAAUUCCGUGUUCCAAGACGAGGAGAAAUCAAAAAUUUUGCAAAAGCUGCUGCAAAGUAAAGACCCCGAGGACAUCCAAGCCGCCAAUUGGCUCAUUAAAAGUAUGGUCAAGGAGGACGAUAAAAGGGCGGAAUUAAAGAGCCGGCGCGUUUCCGAGCUUGAAUCAGUACAAAACAAUGUGAGAUUAUUGAAUGAAAUGCUCGAUUCGUACAAACCAGGCAUUUCUUCCGCCGAUGAGCUGGACCUUAUUAAAGAGCUGCAUCAAAGUUGUGAACGCCUGAGACCAAAUUUAAUGAAGCUAACCGCAGAGACACAACAAAAUGAAGAAAUCUUAGGUGAUGUUUUGCAAGCAAGCGAUGAGUUGAGCCAAGUUUUUGGCAAGUAUAACAGGAUUAUUGUGCAGGGAGUUAGUGUCGUGGACGAUGGCAAUGCCUUGCUUGAUUUUGAGGGCGCAGACGAGGCUCAGUGUCGGAACUCUGAUACCAAAGAAAUUGACGUUUUAUGUGAUAUUUUCAACGCUUCAAACAUUCCGGACUCUGCUGAUAUUUUGAAACCUGUUUCAGUAUUAACUUGUGAUAAAAACGAAAAUGGGAAAGAGGUGAAUAAAUUCAAAGCCUUGGAAGAGUUGGACGUUUUGAGCGAACACUUAAUUAAGGAAAAUCUCCCAACUAGCAGACAAGGCACUUUUAAUAAUAAGCAAGACAAAAUCCCCAUGAAUCUUCUUACAAAGCUAUCUGAGACGAAACCAGCUCAGAGUAACGGAAAGAACGAAACGAUUAGUGAAUCUCUAAGUCUAGAUUUGAGUUAUUUAAUAAGCAAACCAAAAGACGAACCAAAGACAAACACAAUGGAAAAUUCCACUGAUGACUGUUUGGUGGACAUAGCUGACGAGAAAAUGCUGGAAGCUGGGGAAACCCCCCAACGAAAGCCCAGCUUAACUGACCCGGCAAAAAAUGAAAUAAAACUGAACGACAUUUUUAUCAAAUUGGAAGAUAUCAAGCCAAGUCCCGUCCCACCUCUCACGAUUUUAAACGAGAGGAACGGAAUCACAAUAACCCUGCAUUUCGUGAAAGACAAGCCCCGAGACGACGUGCAUGUCUUUGUUGUGACCACAAUUAACAAAAACGAGAUGCCUUUGACUAACUACCUGUUCCAGGCUGUGGUACCUAAGGGCUGCAAAGUCAAACUGCAACCUCCCUCAGCAACCACCCUCCCGGCUUACAACCCGUUCCUGCCCCCUUCUGCCAUAACCCAAAUUAUGCUGAUCGCAAAUCCUGAUGAUGUACAAGUUUUUCUCAAGUUUUUUGUAAGUUUUGUAAUGGACGAAGAGACUUGUACUGAAAUCGGCGAGGUUGAAACUCUUCCAAUGUAAAGCAUUUUAAUUUUAGUGUAAUUAAAUCGUGCUUAAGUCAAUUUAUUAAUACAAAGGGGUUCGUGCCAUUUUAGCAUAAAUGUGGGCACUUUCAUUUCCGUACUUAUGUUGAUCUGUUGCACUUGAGGCCAGUAUUAUACUGCACGUUGCAUGACAUGUUCCAUUCGCGAUGGGUCAACAAAAGACAUACUUUAAGCGGCUUGAAUUAGUCAGUUUUACUUAAUUAGAGACUGAAGAUAUCUACAGGUAUUAUUUUUCUCAAAUAAUUUAAAUAUAUCAUCAAAACUCA